GGUGGGCUAAAUGCUCUGUUUCGCGGGGCGUUUGGCACUGCGCACUUUUGGUCCAACCGGCCUUCGUAGUUCAGGCCAAGUUCAAAGAUCCUCUUCUGCUAUGGAUUUGGGGUUCCUUCGGAAGAAAUACGGGGAGGACGAGGAGGCCUUUGAGGAGAAACAACUUGCCUCCCUCGACCCCAUUAAGCAGUUCUCUGUGUGGUUUGAAGAGGCUAUGAAGUGCCCAUCCAUCGGGGAAGUCAAUGCCAUGUGCCUGGCCACUUGCACCAAAGAUGGGCGGCCCUCUGCUCGGAUGUUGCUUCUGAAAGAAUUUAGCCAAGAAGGCUUUUGUUUCUUCACCAAUCAUGAGAGCCGGAAAGGAUGGGAGCUGAACUCCAACCCGUUUGCUUCGAUGGUCUUCUACUGGGAGCCCCUUAGUCGCCAGGUGCGGAUCGAGGGCUCUGUGGAGAGGCUUCCUGAGCAGAGAUCUGAGCAGUACUUCCACUCGCGUCCAAAGAGCAGCCAAAUCGGAGCAGUUGUGAGCCGGCAAAGCACAGUGAUCAUGGACAGAGAGUAUUUAAGGAAGAAGAAUGCAGAGCUAGAAGAGGUGUACCGAGAGGCCAAGGUGCCAAAGCCAGCAUAUUGGGGUGGAUACAUCUUGAAGCCAGAAGUUAUGGAGUUUUGGCAGGGCCAGACCAAUCGCUUGCACGAUCGUAUUGUCUUCCGGCGCCUCCAGGACAGCAGUGCCGCCUUGGGGCCCAUGAGCCACAGAGGGGAAGGCGACUGGGUGUACGAGAGACUCUCCCCUUGAACAGCUGGCAGGAGUCACCCUAUUUACGCCAUUCUUGGAACCUCUGUGCCAACCUCUGUGCCCUCCACUCACCCCUGAGAUUGACAACGAAUGGGAGCUGCCCUCGGGAUGCCUGGUUUAAAUAUCCGCCCAGCCAUGGGCGACCUCGGGCCAUUCACCAACCUCACAGGGAUGUCGUCGGGAUAAAGUAGGGGUUAUUCCUGUGUAAAGCACCCUGAGCAUGGGGAAUGCUGGGAAUUGUAUGACUUUUUUCUGUCUAAACAUGCAUAGGAUUUUGCCUUUAAUUUGGUAGGGGCGAGCCCAGCCUUCCCCAACCUGGUGUGUUGGAUCACAACUCACAUAACUGAGAGAUUAUGGGAGUUACAGUCCAACACAUCUGGAGGGCACCGGGUUAGCGAAGGCUGAGUUAGCAGAUAAAUUGAUGUGGUUCUACCUUGAGAUAGGUCGGAUAGACUUUAGUUUGGUUUCCCUGGGUUGCUUAGAGAGCAAUCUUACGGCCCCUAGACAGAGUUUGGGAAGGGCCAUAGGAUACUGGAUUCCUUCGGACCCAGGAGUCCAAGCUCCCCUCCCCCUUGCAGCCAGCAAAGAGAGAACUGCACUGGCCGUCCAAGGUUGCAUAGGUGACCUCGGAAAAGACAGAAAGGGGGAGUUCCUAUGGGUGGAGAGGGGAGGGGACUGGCUUUCCCCAGCCUCCUUCCUUCCCCAAUGCAUCAGCUAGACAGGCAAAAAAGCCGUUCUAGCUAAAAUGCAGAGUUGGGGGACACAGAGGUGAAGAUCACCUCCACUGCUCCUUCCACUCUGCAUUGGCCGCAAACUUGCGUGUUCCGUGUCUCACGGCCAUCCCCAAGAACAUGUUUUUAUCUGACGAUCCCCGUGUUUUCUUUCUCGAGGUGCAUCUCCCAUUGUGACAAUCAUGGUGCUUUUGUGGAGUGGGUUUUCAAAAACCGUAACUGGUUCUUCCCUAGCCAGAACUGGAAGUGCAAUAGUAGAUUAGUAGCUAAUCUUGGCGUAUCAGAUGUCUGCUUUGGAGUGUGUGUGUGUGUGUGUGUGUGGAUGCUGUGUAAGUGUGCUCUUUGUAAAAGAUGUUCAACUGGUGGAUACUAUGGUGGUCAUUCCUUUUGUCACUCUAUCUGGCCAGUCUGGCAUCUCUGUGCUACACUGCUAUGUACCAAGUCUGUGAACAUUUGGACAAUAAAAUUCCUGCCUAGUGACUGAUAGUUGAAGGUGAAUGUGGUUUAAUAUUAACUUUUUUUUGCUGUUUUUCCUUUUUCCCCAAGUGCAGUGCUCCUCCAUUUCCCCAGACCUUCCAGCAUCUUCUCUCCUAUGCCUGGGUGGGCUCUUGGGCCUUUAAUCAGCUGCACUGCAGGCACAAGUUCAACAGGAGCAGCUGGUGCUAACAAUCCAUUUCCUGUUGUUUUGCCCUUUAUUGUAGGGUCAGAAAUCUUCUGGAUAUAUUUAUACUACAAAGACAUGGCCAUUUUUAUACCACUUUUAAAAGAUUGGGAUUUUGACCUUUCUCUGGGCAGGGACCAUAAUUCAGUGGUAGAAUGCGUGCUCUGCUUGCAGUAAGUCCCAGUUUCAAUCCACAAUAUCUCUAGUUAGAAGGAGGGGCUGUGGUUCAGUGACAGAGCAGCUGCUUUGCAUGCAGAAGGUCCCAGGUUCGAUCUCUGGCCCAAGUAGGGCUGAGGAAGAAUCCUGCCUGAAACCCUGGGAGCCGCUGCCAGUCAGUGCUGACAAUACUGGGCUAGAUGGACCCAUGGUCUGACUUGGUAGAAGGCAGCUUCCUAGGUCCUUAAGAAUCACAUAGCAGGUAGGGAAGUCUUCUGCUGGAGGACCCUGGAUUGCUGCUGCCAGACUGAGUAGGGAACACUAGGCCAGAUGGACAAAUAGCCUGACUGUAUGAGUCAGCUGCUGAUGUUCUACAGGAUCCUGGAAAUUGGAGUCUGUGGGGAAGACUAGGGAUCGCUCGGCCAUGGAAACUCACUGGGUGACUUUGGGCCAGUCACUGACUCUCAGCCUCACCUACCUCACAGGGUGGUGGUUGUGAGGAUAAAAUGGAGAGGAGGAGGAUUAUGUAUGCCACCUUGGGUUCCUUGGAGGAAAAAAGGUGGGAUAUAAAUGGAAUAAAUAAAUACUCAGAGCCUGUUAAGUGCCCGGGGCAAGGGAAUUUUGCGCAAUUGCGGAGAAGUGCAAAGCAACAUCCAAGGUGAAUCCAAAAAAGAGAGAAAUGUCUCAAGAUAGUGGAGCUAGGUUUUAUUUGUGAAAAUAAACGUGCCUUGUUAAACGUUUUAAGAACAUUUCCAGUAAAUAUGGAUGCACACGCCAAGUUUGCAGUGUGGAAUGAUGCAUAGUUUUUUUUAAUGUUAAAUUGUACACACAGGCUGUGUUGCCAUGUGCCUUGUCAUAUGUCCCCCCCCCCACAAAUAAUGUAUUGAUGCGUUGUCCCUCUUUAUUAUUGGAAUUGCAGCCCCCUGAAGAAGGCCUUAAAGUUUAGAAUAAGAGGCUGAGACGUUUUCUCUUUUUCGGGUACAAUUGUAGAGGAGCCACAGUGUGUGCCUCUGGAUCCAUAUUACGUAGCCCAGAGCUUUCCAAACUGUGUGUCGCGACACAUUAGUGUGCCAGCUGUGGUGUGUAGGUGUGUCACGCGAACGUAACGAGAAACCUCUGAGUCUAUGUGAAAUAAGCAAUACCAACUUGCAUGCAUUUUUACCCAGCAAAGGUGCCGAUUAGUAUGGUGCACUAGUAUAUUCCCCUUCCGUCGUAUCCGUGUAUGCACACCACGGGCGAGGGAUCAUACAGGUACUGCGCAUGUGCAGUAUGCAUAACCAGGUCGAAACAGCUGAUUCCGUAUCACUUCCGGUGACGCGGCUGCAACUGAAGUGACACAUUCGAGAAAUUCCUUGGGUCCAGUUUUUUGAUAGAACACCGUCUCAACUGCCGCUCGA